UCAGAGAAACACGUUUCUGUCGGGUUGACGACAUGGGCUCUAGAGACAGUUUGUGCAAGAUUGCUGCACUGAUUGGCGUCUUUGUGGUUUUGAAGGUGCAAGCUUUUCCGACACGUACUGGUGAUGAUGCAGAUGAUGGUGAACUGAGGGAUGAUAUACUUGACAUCAAUAGAGGAUUAGACCACCUGUUUGAGGGAGACAUCGCUGGCAAUCCCAACAGGAAUGCAAUCCUUGAUGAAAAAAGAAGAUGGAAGUUUCCCAUUCCUUACAUCUUAACUGAUUCUUUAGAACUGAAUGCUAAAGGUGUGAUCCUCCAGGCUUUUGAGGAAUACCGUAUGAGAUCCUGUGUGGAUUUUAAGCCAUAUGAAGGAGAGACCACCUACAUCUCCUUCACCAAGCUGUCUGGAUGCUGGUCAUAUGUUGGAGAUGAUAAAACAGGCCAGAAUAUUUCCAUUGGUGCCAGGUGUGACACUAAGGCCAUUGUGCAGCAUGAGCUCCUCCACGCUCUGGGCUUUUACCAUGAACAGUCUCGCUCAGACAGAGACGACUAUGUCAAAAUCUGGUGGGACCAGAUUGAAGAAGGGAUGGAACACAAUUUCAAUAAGUAUGAGGAUGACUUUAUCACUGAUCUGAACACGGCAUACGAUUAUGAAUCCAUCAUGCACUACAGACCGCUGUCCUUCAACAAGAAUGAGAGCAUCCCCACAAUCACCACCACCAUACCAUAUUUUAAUGAGGUCAUUGGCCAACGUUUGGACUUCAGUGAGGUGGAUAUCACCAGGCUCAACCGCAUGUAUGAUUGUGCCAACACACAAACUCUCCUGGACCAAUGCUCCUUUGAGCUGAUCAACAUCUGUGGAAUGAUCCAGAAUGAGCAGGACAACGCAGACUGGGUCCAGAUGCUCAGCAAUCCGACUGAUACAGACCACACCUUGGCAGGACGCUGCAGAGAUUCAGGCUAUUACAUGAAGUUUGAUGCAUCCUCUGGCACAGCUGGAACCAGUGCUCUGCUGGAGUCACGUAUCCUCUACCCCAAGAGAGACGAGCAGUGUCUUCAAUUCUUCUACAAGAUGAGCAGAGCAGCUGGGGACAAAUUGGUGAUAUGGAUCAGGACUGAUGAUGGGACGGGGACUGUACGCAGUGUCAGGAAGAUCCACACCAUUACAGGUGAUGGAGAUGCUGUCUGGAAAAUAGCCCAUGUGACUCUUAAGGUGACAAAGAAGUUCCGCUAUUUCUUCCAAGGCAUCAAAGGAUCAGCCAGCUCAUCAGGCGCCAUUUUAAUCGAUGACAUCACUCUUACUGAGACUGUUUGCCCCAAUGCUGUCUGGCAAAUCCGCAAUUUCACCAAUGUUCUCGCCACCACUGCUCCUGGCUCUCCGGUUAAAAGCAAGUGCUUUGUCAACUCAGAGGGCUACUCAUUUGGUAUCAGUGUUUACCCAAAUGGAAAACAUGUCGACUACCCAGACUAUGUUGGCAUGUACAUGCACCUCUGCAGUGGGGAAAAUGACGCAGUAAUGGAGUGGCCAGCUGCAAACAGACAGAUGACCAUUGUUGCCAUGGACCAGGACUCUGAUGUAAAACUAAGGAUGUCUUCUACACGAAGCUUCACCACAGACACAAAUCCCCGCUGGAACAAAACAACAGCUAAUCCAGAUGCAGUGUGGGAUGACAGCUGUGAAUGUUUUCGCAGUCAGGACUAUGGCUGGACCACAUUCAUUUCUCACAAGCAUCUGCAGAGGAGGAGCUUCCUCAAGAAUGAUGACCUCAUCAUUACUGCUGACUUCAAUGAUUUGACCCACCUGAUCAAGACUGAAGUACCUGUAAAACCGGCUGCACCAAGUAAUGACAUCGCUGAUGAGGUGUGAGAAAGUGAUUUGGUCCAAAUGAUGGUUCUGACUGGUGGUGCAGUGGGAACUGAAGUUCUAACACUAGCCAUCUUCACCAUCAUCAAGAAAGCUCAGUGAAACACAUUUCAGUGGAAUAACAGAAGGAAGGGGUAUCAGUUUUCAUAUUAAGUUAAUUUUUGGCCAUAUCUAAUACAUCCCCACAUUUUUAUUUUUUGACCGAGCCUAGAGUUAAGACCCCACCUCCCUUCCACCAGAUUGUUUUAUUUGUAUGACAAAUGAAUCUUUAGUAAUUUGAGGCAAUUCUGUCAUGAAAAAUGUAUAGUUUGGAUUAAAAUCUCCCAAUAAU